AGUGGGGGGGUACCAGGGAGUGACUCGCUCAAUUCAGUUCGAGGUGCGGUAUAUGAGCUGGCGGAUAGCUGAUAAUGUACGAAAGUUCGUCUACACAGAAGACCGAGAAUACGCGCGAGACACCCGGAGUAUCGGCGAGUCACUGAAAUCGAACGUUGCUACAUCGGUAUGUACAGUUCGUCGACGAAGUUGUCGUCAGUGUAGCGGUUGCCGUCGACGACGUCGUUGUCAUCGAAGAAGUGAGUAGAAAACGGAAGGCAGUUAACGAGUUCGCUGCCGCGUGACCCACAUAGUCGAUUGGUGCUGCGCAUAAAACGGGGCUUGGGUAUUACAAUCGUGUCUCUCACGUGGUUUCUUUGAAUGUUUACCGGCUCGAGAAACGUAAAGCCGGAGUGAUACGUCAAACACUUUAUCGGCGUCGCCAACCAACGUUUGAUAAGAGACACGAUUCCUGGAUUUUUUUUUCACCAACGAAAAACGAGUCGAGGAGGCAUUUUUUUCCAGACCCACGAGAAAGAAUAAGAAUUGUUCCGAGCUGAGGCAGGAUGGUUGUUGAGGGUAAAUUCAGCUUCGCCAUCGAUCGCGGUGGCACCUUCACCGACGUCUACGCCGAGUGUCCUGGUGGGAAGGUUCGAGUGAUGAAACUUCUCUCGGUCGAUCCUUCCAACUACGAAGACGCACCCCGCGAGGGAAUACGGAGAAUUCUAGAGCAGGAGACGGGCGAGAAAUUUGACGGAGCUAUCGACACGUCAAGGAUCGCUUGGAUCAGAAUGGGAACGACCGUAGCGACUAAUGCCCUUCUCGAGCGAAAAGGUGCGCGUAUGGCACUUCUUGUGAACGAGGGUUUCAAGGAUCUGCUCUUCAUCGGGAACCAGGCGCGACCUAACAUAUUCGAUCUGGAGGUAGUGACACCGGAGGUUCUGUACUCCGAGGUCGUCGAGGUCAGAUCGAGAGUGGUACCGGCAUUGCCGGAUAGAUGCAAGUUGGGAGAUAACGUUGGCCAUAAGUGGAAACGCGUGAAGGGUACGACCGGUGAAGAAUUUCUGGUUGUACAGGAACUCGACGAAGAGAAACUCCGAGAUGACUUGAAGGGGCUCAAGGAACGUGGCAUUGAAAGUCUCGCCGUUGUCCUCGCCCACAGCUACUCGUACGCCGAGGAUGAGAUUCGUGUCGGUGAACUCGCGAGCGAGCUGGGUUUCUCCCAGAUAUCUCUUUCGCACGUCGUGAUGGCCAUGACGAGAAUCGUGCCCCGAGGAUUCACCGCAUCGGCCGACGCGUACCUCACUCCCCACAUAAAGCAGUACCUACAGGGUUUCGCCGCCGGUUUCAAGGACAAUUUGGCCGGGGUGAACGUGCUCUUUAUGCAAAGCGACGGUGGUCUCACCCCGAUGCACUCUUUUAACGGUUCUCGCGCCAUCCUCUCCGGUCCGGCUGGAGGUGUCGUGGGAUACGCUAUGACGACGUACAAAAAAAUAAGCGACCUCCCGGUGAUCGGAUUUGACAUGGGCGGUACAUCGACGGACGUCAGUCGGUACGCGGGGUCGUUCGAACACGUUUACGAAAGCACCACUGCCGGCGUAACUAUUCAAGCCGCUCAGCUCGACGUGAACACGGUAGCAGCCGGGGGUGGUUCGAUGUUGUUUUUCCGCUCGGGUCUCUUCGAGGUGGGUCCCCAAAGUGCGGGGGCGCAUCCCGGGCCAGCGUGUUACAAGAAAGGUGGUCCGCUGACGGUGACGGACGCUAACUUGGCUCUGGGGCGUCUGCUGCCCGAAUAUUUUCCAAAAAUUUUCGGACCCAGCGAAAACGAGCCGUUGGACAGCGCCGCGACGUCGAAGGGAUUCCAACAGCUGACCACCGAGAUAAACUCGUUCCUGAGCAAAAAGGCAAAAAUGACGGUGGAAGAAGUCGCGAUGGGAUUCGUUAACGUUGCGAACGAAGCGAUGUGCCGUCCGAUCAGAGCGUUGACGCAAGCGAAGGGGUACGACACUUCGCGUCACGUGCUCGCCUGCUUCGGGGGUGCCGGCGGUCAGCACGCUUGUGCGAUCGCACGUUCCCUCGGUAUGCAAACGGUCUUCGUCCACAAAUACGCCGGGAUUCUAUCGGCCUAUGGAAUGGCCCUCGCCGACGUCGUCGAGGACUUGCAGGAGCCGAGCGUCGAGGUGUACGAGAAAGAGGCCUUUAAACGGCUCGACGAAAGACUUCGAGCUCUGACCGCCAAAGUGCGCGGGAAGUUGAGGGAGCAGGGUUUCGAUGACUCGUUGAUAUUUACCGAGCCGUUCCUCCACAUGAGGUACCACGGCACCGAUUGCGCCCUAAUGUGCGCAGCGAAAACCGGAGGCACCGGUAUCGCCCACGGCGAUUUCAUGGGUACGUUCCUCGAGAGAUAUCAGUCAGAGUUCGGCUUCACAAUGCCCGGUCGACGAGUCUACGUUGACGAUAUCAGGGUGCGGGGAGUCGGUAAGACCGCCGUAACCGAGGAACCGAUUUUGCCGCCCUCCUCGUCACCUCCGAAACCAGAAAAGAUCGCUCGGGUUUAUUUCGACGGUGGUUACCGCGAGACGAAAGUCUAUCAGCUGCGGAGUCUAGCACCGGGACACGCGAUCGAGGGUCCCGCGAUCAUAAUGGACGGUCUCGGCACCCUUUUGAUCGAGCCGGAUUGUUCGGCGGUCAUUACGCCACGCGGUGACACGAUGAUCAGCGUUGGGGCUGCUCUCAGAAGUAAAAUUACGCCGGAGUUGGACGCUAUUCAGUUGAGCAUAUUCUCGCAUCGAUUCAUGAGCAUCGCCGAGCAAAUGGGCAGGAUUCUCCAGAGGACCUCCAUAUCAACGAACAUCAAAGAACGACUGGAUUUUUCGUGCGCGGUCUUCGGUCCGGACGGUGGACUGGUUUCCAACGCUCCUCACAUUCCGGUACAUUUGGGCGCGAUGCAGGAGACCGUCCAGUUCCAGAUCAAAGCGUUCGAGGGAAGGUUCACCCCGGGGGACGUGAUCCUCGCUAACCAUCCGUCCGCCGGAGGCUCACAUCUUCCGGAUCUCACCGUCAUCACUCCCGUCUUUCGCAGUGACCUCGACGCCCCCGUCUUCUUUGUCGCUAGUCGAGGUCACCAUGCGGAUAUCGGAGGUAUUACACCCGGCUCUAUGCCACCCAACUCAACGAGCCUGCUUCAGGAGGGAGCGACUUUUAAGAGUUUCCUGUUGGUCCACAAGGGCGUAUUCAGGGAGAAAGAAUUAACGGAAGAAUUGAUGGCGCCCGGUAAACUACCGGGUAGUUCGGGGACGCGUAAUUUGUCCGACAACCUGAGUGACCUCAAGGCGCAGAUCGCGGCGAAUAACAAGGGCACGUUACUCGUCAACGAGCUCAUCGACGUUUACGGGUUGGACGUGGUCCAAGCGUACAUGGCCCAUAUACAGAACUACGCGGAGGUCGCGGUCAGGGAAGUCCUGAAGGAGGUCGGUAUUAGGACGAGAGAGCAGACCGGAGCCACGACGCUCUACUCCGAGGACUACAUGGACGACGGUAGCGUCGUCAAACUGCGCGUCGACAUCGACGCGGAGCGCGGAGAGGCGCUUUUCGAUUUCUCGGGAACCGGCUACGAGGUUUGGGGGAACUGUAAUGCUCCGAGAGCGAUCACCCUUUCAGCACUCAUAUAUUGCCUGCGAAGCAUCGUUGGUCGAGACAUGCCGCUGAACCAGGGGUGCUUGAAACCUGUGAAAGUCAUAAUCCCAAAAGGAUCGCUUCUCGACCCGUCGGAGAACGCCGCCGUCGUAGGUGGCAACGUCCUGACGUCCCAACGCGUGGUCGACGUGGUACUGUCGGCAUUCAAGGCUUGCGCAGCGUCCCAGGGGUGCAUGAACAACGUCACCCUCGGCACCGAGGAGUGGGGCUACUACGAGACCGUCGCCGGUGGCAGCGGAGCGGGUCCGACGUGGGAUGGAAGAGGCGGCGUUCACACGCACAUGACGAACACGCGAAUAACCGAUCCGGAGAUUCUUGAGCAGCGUUACCCGCUGAUAUUGAGAAAAUUCACACUCAGAGAGGGCACCGGUGGGGACGGGGCGCAUCGCGGCGGUGACGGAGUGAUUCGCGAGAUACUUUUCAGGGCACCGAUGACACUUUCGGUGUUGACGGAGCGGCGAGUUCAUCGUCCUCCGGGUCUGGAGGGCGGACACCCCGGUGCCUGCGGAAGGAACACCCUGAGAAGGGCCGAUGGCAGGGGCAUCAACCUCGGACCGAAGACAGCGGUACCCGUCUACGCAGGGGACAUAUUCACCCUGGAGACACCUGGGGCUGGCGGUUACGGGGUACCUGGAAAACGUGGGGUUCCAGGGGAUGCCGGGAAAUCGAAUGCGGGCAAAUUUGUCGAACGCGGAAGUGUCUACGAGUAUAGAAAGGCCCAGGAAUCCGUUUAACGGAACGAAUAAAGUAGGAUUUUCGGAUUUCACGUACUUCGGUAGCUGCGGUUGAAGAAUAUUAAAGCAUGCCAGUCAAAUUUUUAAUCCAUGUCAAACUUCUAAAGCGAUUCCCCAAUGACUUUACGGCCCUAUCGUCGAGAUGGGCCUGCUUUUUCAGGCCGAGUUGAAUCGAAAGAGAAGCGAGAGUUUUUACAGGAAUUGGCUUCUCGGUUUUUGGGUUUCGCUUUCGGUUUCGGGUCGUGCUUUUGCGAUUUGGGUUCCGCGCGUCGCAGCUGUGCGGUUGUAAUUAAAGGGGUGAGCCGCGCAGGUAAUUGCGUUCUCGGUUUCAGUGAGUUAACAAAUUUCGCCGGUAGCGUGCUCCCGUCGCUGUUACGACCCGCGUGGGUCGUUGAAAUUGGCACGUAAAUCCCCGCGAGCUCCGCCGUCGGGCACACAAAGAAACGGGGCCAAAACUUGCCGAGAUUAUAGAGAAUAUCGGGAUUAUGGGAUUCUCGUUGCCUCGUACCAUUUAAUUCCUACAGUUGAACGCUGACUUUAUCAGCUUCUUCCGCGUUAUUGUUUUCUCAACUUAAUUAGAUUCGCCGUCGAACGUCUGUGUGAAAAAAACUCGCGGAUUAUCGUUCAGAAAUCGAGUCCUUCGCCGGUGGAAAUGCGUGGGUGAGGAGAUUCGAUUCAAAGGAAUAUAAAAAUCGUUUUAUCGGAGUUACGCUCAGGUUGCGCUAUUUCAAUAAAAUGAGAAGAGAAUUUCUCUCCACGGUAUCGCCGAGAAUCGGGAAGUGAGAAGAAACUCAAGUUCUCGAUUUCGAGAAUCAGCUAUAUCUGUAGGAGAGCAAGAUGUUCAUCGCCUGAGGAUCCGACACUGCGGCGGUUAAGUGCACCCCUCGGGAUACGGGCACCAUCGCGUCGAUUCCUCGCCUCUUCAUCAUUUGAGGGGCGACUGGCAAGUUGCCCUCGGCUUCCCAUUCCUCCGGGCCAACGAACUGAUAUAAUGCGGCGGCGUUGUAUUUUCAACGCUCCCUGCGGAUACACACGUGCAUUUCCCCCCGCACUCUUCCUUCCAACGGCUUCGAAUCAAGGAGCUAAUUUUUCAACGUUAAAACCAUCGGAACAUUCGGUGGUGUUCGUGUUCCGAUCAUCGGUCGUCUCGUUUCGUCCGAUCGCGGCGGUUCCGCGAGAGAGUGAGUUCCCGCGGUAGGGGGCAACUUAUCAUAAUAUAUUACGAAGAAGCGGACUCCGCCCCGCGCUGGAGCUCGCCCGCGGCACGCGCAUUGUUGUUUGAUUAACGAGCCAACUAAUAGCGCCCAGUUGCGGGUAGUUAGUAGGUAAUCACCGAAACGCUCUCAGAUUAAUUAGCUCCGAGUUGUGCAGCUCGGCCAACUACAAAAGUAUAUAAUUAAUUACGCGCACCUCGCGAGGUACGCGCGGUACGCGUAGUCCGACACCGUGUCGCGACGACGACGAGGGCGUUGGAGAAGAAUCCAGGUUGGGCUUGUGCAUUUUUGUCCAACGAGAGGGGUGAAAAUUCAACUUGUAGAAAAAGUUUUCAGAAUCGAAGUCCGAUUUCGCUCGGCGUUCGCUCGACGCGGACGAUCGAUGUACAACGUUUUUCAUCGGCGAGCAUGGCGGGUAGUAAGGGUUUAUAAAUAAACUUCAUUCUAUUCCCGAUGCCUCGAGCGAAGUUUCCACGAAAACUUCGUCUAUCUGUCGAGCUCUCGGUUUUACAACACGUGUCCGGCGCUGCAGAGUUCGUUCGCGUAGCUACGGCAUGGCGCACAGGACAGUGGCACACAGUGGUUGCCCCGAUUCCCGCCGCGCCCGGCAACCCGGAUUAAGUAUAGUCGAUUAUAUUUAGACCACUAAGUUGGGACACGCUACGCUCCAAACCCAACCAAAAUUAAACCAAACCGAAUCGAAGCAGAGCUUUAGAUUAGACCCGGCUGUCGCACCUGGUCUAAUUUAAUAGUUAUACAAAUUUCGUUGUGCGGACGAUUAUCGUGUCCUGACCGUUCUAAUAUUCCGGACGAGAUACCGAACUCGUUAUCCAAGAUUGGACAAAGACAGCUUUUUUCUCAGAGGACGUAAUUCGGCUGUUGGUUUCCGGAACGAAGAAUCCCCCAGAGUUCGACGGCAACCGCGAAAAGUAGGGCUCGGUCGUUCCUCGUUCCCUGGGGACGUCUUGAGGGCGCGUUGCCCCCUGGCGUAUAUCUAGGCGUGGUAACGGCUGACCGUUACGUUCCCCUAGCGAGUGACUCGCAAUAAAAUCCACUGGGGUACACGGAGGAAAAUAGUUAUAAAUUUUACGGAUGGAUGAGCGUAGGUGAUACUGUAUACUUACAUCGAGUUAUCGUUGCGGGAUGAUUAUUUCAUUGUUUGAUUUCUUACUCUUUUUUUUUUUUACCCUUGAAAAUGCUUUUGUACCCGACUGAAAUUUUCGAAACAUCUUCAGAAAUUUCUACCGAUUCACGUGGUGUUUCCCGACGAUGAACAAUGCCCUGUGGACUCCGAGGUCCGUCCCUUGUGUGGAAGAGGAUCGUCGGAAUUCGGGCUUUUUCAAUUAAAUUUCAAUUGGCCGUUGAGAAUCAUUUUCACGGUCAACGAAACGUAUUUCAGAAUGAAAACACGCGAAUCCUCUACUUAUGGAUUUCCAGCGAUCGCAAAAAUUUUUCGCUUUCAUCUUCGCAUACGCUCGACGAACAUGACUACGAGUUACAGAGGGUAUAUAUGUAUGUACUUGUGUAUCAGAUUAUAGAGCCAAUUACCAUUUGUUUAUUUUCCGUCUCACUAACAUUCCACGAGAAAGAAAAAAGUCCGUAACGACAGUCGCAAAUAUAGCCCUCCAUUUUCUCUUCCACCUUUGACGACCGUCUGCGGUGGUUCUCCGGAUAAGUUGCGUCCCCUAAUUAACUCGCACAAUGAAUCCCUGGAUUCGGGUCAUCGCUAUUGAAAGUUGGAAUGUUCAGCAACUGUAUAACCAUACCUAAAUCUACCUUGGGCAAGGACGAAUUUUACUUGUAAAUUCCCUCGUCCCCGCGAAAGGGAUGUCACGCGUGCGGCGCGCGCGCCACAAAUCGUGACCCACCCCCGUCCACCUCUCCUUCCAAGGUAUGCAAGAAUAUACGUGUAAUACCGUUACACCUGACACUAGAUGUACUCGAAAAAUGAAGACAAAACUGUCCAGUUGACACGAGCUAAUCUAUGAAGGGAUCUCGGCGAGUUCUGCGUUCCAGAACAUGAUAAAGUUUGUCUGUAUUUUUAAUUUCGAUCUACUCAUCUUGCUUACGAAUUUAGGAUCUCUUUUCUCGUUCAUCUCGUAAGUAGGGAGAGUCGCGCUAAUCGACGAGAGUGCAGGGCAUCGGGUUGAUGGAGCUUUCGAAUCUCGGAGCUGUUAAGAGAGUCUCAUGCGCUUCGCGGGUCGCACAUUUCUUUAUCUUGUCUCCGAUUGUUAACGUCUUCGCUCCCUUUUCUCACCUCCGUCGCGAAAAUCUUUCUUUCGUUUCCGCCCGGUUGCUACCCUCUGCUUUUCGCCCUCCCCCCCCCCCUUUCCCCUUCCCCCUCCCCUUUCCCUCCCGCACUCACUACUCAGCGAAUAUUAUCCUGGGCAAUUUUGCGCCACGACAUUUUAGCGGGACACUUCAUAAUUCCGUAGGAGCUCCGACGUACAGUAAGCUGGCCAACGUCGCGUGCUAAUAUUUUAGGAGUUGAAUAACUUAUAUGUAAUAUUCGUCGGUCCAGACGGGGAGGGUUAUAGAACAAGGAGUAGAGAGGGGAACGUUGCUACGUGUUACGUCUAUACGUCUACGAAACAGGUGUGCGCUGCAGAUACCUAAUAUUAUGUACACACGUACAUCUACAUCCACAUACAUCUAUACCUACGGCUACCUAAACUUGCAUUUCGAGCAGCGCAGUCUUGUAAAUGUAAAAUGCGAUGCCCGCCACCAAUUUCUCUGGAUUUGUAUAGGUACAUACACCCGCGUUGUAUCCGAUGCCGUAGGUGGGCGAUGGUGUACGAGGUGGAUCCGACGUGUUUUUCCCCUUCGGUAAGCGUGACUUUUUUUUUCGGGGGAUCUGAUUUCAAGAUUCACCGUAGCUCGCGGGUACUGCAGUACUUACCGUUGCCGGAUCGAAAGCUGGCAUUAUACUCACAAGGGUAAGCUGUCGCGCGUCGACCGGGAUUAUUGUUACAGAAAAAUACAAUAAAACGGCGGUAAAGCGUGGCGCAUACCAAAGUAGCCUUGCCUCGAGCUUGGGGAGAGAAAGUGGAUAAAUGAAAAAAAAUGAAAAAAAACAAACAAAAAAAACAAACAAACGAUGGAAGGGAAAAAAAUGUCGCCGAGCUUUAUUCACGUACACGCCACAUGCCGUGCAACGUGACAUGUGAUUAUCUUUGAGAACGACCUUUCAAAGUCGUCGCUGUCGCGACGAACAUGCUUCAAAAUUUUUUUCCAUUCAAACGACAAAUAGGAGGUCGUUGAGUAAAUAAAGCACAUCGUUUCUGUGAGAUGAUCCUACGAACGUAUAGCUUCGGGGUUUUUGUCGUAGAAAAAUGACGAUAAAAAACGGCUCAUCUUUUGUUGUGUCUUAAGGGGAAUUACAACUAAUCAGAGGUAGGUGUGCACGUUGGCUCGUCGCCACUUUUCAUAGGAUACGAUUAAAAUUGUCCGGGAGUCUGUGAAAACAGAGUAACGACCGGUGAGGAUUAGCGUCGCAGGUCCUUCGAGACGGGUAUCAAUUUUUCAGCGACCUUUCGCACCGUCCGGUUUAUCGAGCGUCUGAUCCGGAGUCCGGCGUUUAAUUUACGGAUGUUGAAUUUAAUUAUCGCGCGAUAGCGAGCUCGGGGCCGCUAAUUUGCUCUGCACCGAUACACGAAAUUUCGAAAAGUGAAAGAAGGCGGCGUCCCCCGUCUCACCCGCGCGUCGUGGUCGAGGAAAACGAGAUGUGAAGUGGUGAUUACCGCGUCGCCUCUUACGCCGCCGUUCUCCGAGGCUCUCGACGUGUUUCGAGAGCGGAAUCACCUUCGUCGAUGAUUCAAGGGCUGGAAGCUGAAGGAACAUUGGGAGACGAGUUUGAACGCAGGACUCGAGUAGUGAAUCGCGAACGAGUCGAGUUGAGUUUAGUUGAGUCGAGGAUCGAGUCGAGAGAAGCAGCGGAUCAAGUUCUUCCACGUAUCUCCGCGCCGACUACACACGCUGCAGUUUGUAUUUUAUACGCCCGCGAUACGCGUGUGACACACGGACGGGUAGGUGGGCGCGCGUAGGUAUCCGUGCACUCGCUGCACUUCGAAAUUAAGCCGGUGGAGAGCUUUGGCGAAGAACGGAAUAAAAAGAAAUUGAAAAAAAAAAAGAGGAAAU